GGAAGUGACUAUUUAUAUACACUGUGGAAGUGACCACAGGCGGCGGCGCCCCACGAACUGCACCCUUCCCUUUGCUGACAAACCAUCACAGAGGGAACAUCUUUGUGCUGCCUGCCGACGAUUGCAGAUUGCCCCUAGGCGCAAAUAAGGGUCACAACUUGCGGCAGCCCAGCUAUCCGGAGUCCGGAGUCCACGACCACCAUAAGCUCAAGCCGGUAUUGGACUGACUCGGAAACACCUAUAUCAUCUGGUGUCAGUGUCAGUCUGACACAGGAACAUCACUCCCACCGGUGUCAGUGUUAAACUGACACAGGAUCGCCUCUCUCUGCCUCGUGGUGCCGUGUCAGCCCUCCCCGGCACCAUGAUCCGAUCAGGCGCUCUACCGUCGGUGACCGUCCUGACAUUCUGCUGUCUCGUCUCCGCAGGCCCGGCGCUGGAGCGGGCGGCGCGACCCAACCAGCUCGGCCCCUACCCGCCUCGGUUUGUCUCCGUGUCCGGCGGACACACGGUCAAAAAAGGAGACACCGUAGUGCUGCCCUGCGCCAUACAGGACCUCAGUGAUAUGUCCGUGAUUUGGUGGCGACAAAAGCUGGCCCUCUCGCUGAGAAAUCUGGUCCUCAGGGACCAGAGUCGUCUCAGUCUGCUGGACGGCUAUAAUCUACAGAUUAGACAGGCGAGACCCUCGGAUGCUGGCGUGUACACCUGCGCCGUUGCGCUCAGUGACCGGGAUUUGGAGCAGACGCAGACACUCGACGUGCAGUACGGACCAUUUAUCCGUACGAUACCAGAGGCCGGUCAGUUGAUUGUUCAGGAGGGUAACAACGCGACACUGGAGUGCAGUGCACGGGGAAACCCCAAACCGCGCGUCCGGUGGAGGAAAAAGCAGGAUGUCGGCGGCGCCAGCGGUGUCGAGCUGGCUCCCGGUGAGCGGCUGGCCCUGCUCCGGGUGGCCCGCGCCGACGCCGGCUUGUACGAAUGUGUCGCCGAAAACAGCAUCGGAGACUCGGUGGCCCAGAUCGUCAGUCUACAGGUCCUCUACCGGCCGGAGGUCGCUCCGGAGUCCCGGCGCGUGCAUACUGGCGAGGGCUUCAAGGUGCAGCUCGCCUGCUUCGUGCUCUCCGAUCCUCUGGCGGAGGUGACCUGGAGCCGGCGGAACUCACCUAUCGACCAUCGGCGUGUGACGAGCUCGAGUGAGCUGCCCGGAGCGCGCCACGUGCUCACCAUCGACAGUGUACAGCCCGGGGAUCUGGACACGUACACGUGCACAGCCCGCAACGAGCUGGGGACGGCGCAAGCCGAGGUCGUCGUCACAGGCGAGGCCGACAAGGUGGAGAUCACCAGCGCUCCGAUGGGAGGUGAUGUCGACUCGUACGACCUCGCCUGGAAGGUCAAGAGCUUCAGUCCUGUCUUGGAGUACAAGAUAGCGUACAGGAAAACUAAGGUAAACUCGACCGGCGAGAGCCCGGGACGCUGGAAGGAGGUGCUGGUGCCCACCACGGGCCGUCAGCCGGUGGCCGACAUCCACUUUGAGCAGCGAGUGACGCUGCGUCACCUGACGCCGGCCACCGCCUACGACCUGCGCAUCCAGGCGCAGAACAAGCACGGCUGGAACCGGGUUUCGGACACGUUCCACUUCUCCACCAUCGGCAGAGCGAUGGAGUCUCGCAGCUGGUCCGGCAGCCGCGGCGGUCGGCUCACCUUCUACGUCCACAUCUACUUCAUCACCGUGGGGGUCAUACUGGCCAGCAUCGUCUGACCGUGCACUGGCAAAGGUCCAGCUCAUGGAGCUCAGCUCGAGACAUUCCUUCGUCACUGAUGACGUCAUAUGGUGACGUCACUCCAACAUAUCCGGGUCACGUGGCUGCUCCGUGGCAUCGCGGACCUCGGCCGGCGUGUCAGACGCAGCACCUCUGUGAAACUGACACCUGGUCGGGCUACAGCGGUGUCAAACUGACGGGCCGGGUGACACGCGCGUGAAGACUCGCCGGGUAGCAGGCACAGAGGGUCACAAAUGAGCGCAGCUGCCCACGAAUGGAUGGUGUGUGAUGAAAGACGUCUGGUAAAAGAUCACCUUUCGAACGUUGGAACAGGUGCACCGUUACUAUACUCGGGAAUAGUCGCAGGCUCAGUGGUCAUGGCUGAGGCUGUCGUUAGCGAGACUUGGGGCUGAUAUAGCUGAUAACAUUUGUGGAUGUGUGUAGCUGUGAGAUGCGGUGCCAUUGACUCAGACUAAGAAUUGCGCGGUUAGAAGAUACGCUGGCUGUAUGAUAUGAUGUAGCGUGUAUGACUGUGCAUGAUUGCAUGGCUCGGAUGAACUAUAAUGUGAUGUACGAAUGUUCACGGAUGGGAUCACGGACAGGCUUACGUACGAAACUGCUCAGAUGUUUUGAUGUGAUGUAAAAUGUGACAACAGAUGUAAAAUAUGUGUAGUGGUGUAGUAUUGUCUAUUGUUUACAUACGAAUGCUACAUAUGCAUCUCGUAUGCAUAUGAUACGUACACCAAUACUGUGACUGUAAAACGGAAAUACGAGCGAGUAGAUGUGUUUUGUCUCGUCGUGGUCGUCAGAUGGAGAGGAAACAUUCGGUAUCGUACUUACGUGCUGAUCGUGAUCGCAAAUAUUGCGUGACUGUGACAGCGAGCUGACCACUGUUAUGUUACGUCUCGGCUCCUUUCUUCUAUCCAUGGUCUCUCGAUUCUCCCAGGGGUCCUUCAGCCCCUAUCCACCCUACCAUCAACUAGUCAAGGUCAAUACAGCGAACAUCUCACAUCAACUAUUUUGCGCAACAGACUGGUAGCUUAUAGCAAGAAGGUAGUAGCGAAUGGAUGCCAAUAAUGCUUUCCACCUGCAUUUCCGAGCUGAACUUUCCACCAGAUCACAAUGAUCCAGGGUAUCACUCACAAUAACUGAAUGAGCUCGACUGCCCGGUCCGGUGUUUGGUUUCGAUACUCAGCAGGCCUGUGCGUGUGUGUUUGCGGGGUCGGUUUGCAGUGUCGCUCGGCUGUUGUCGCUCUCUGAGGCCGUACUCGAGUGCGCGUGUCGCGGUCGACGGUCGGUCGGCGGCCCACCCAGCACCCUCGGGAGCAGGCCGACCGCCCCGGUACACGCAAACAGCACCGCUCAGUGGCUGCCUCGCGCCGUGUGUUGGCUGCUCCUCUAGUGCCUUGAUGGAGCCAGACGGCGAAUAAGAACCGACACUUGGCGACAGUGGGCGACGCCACGAAAUGUGUAAACAAUGUGAUGUAUUCUAGAACGAAGGCAAUGAAACGUAGAAUGCAGAGUGGCUGGUGUUCGAAUGUCUACACUUGCAAUACUUCGGUGUAAAUAAACUUCGUUUUAUGGGUUGUUUGGAAAAUUUGAACAUCGCGCUGUCGCUGAUCCGUACAUUCAUUUAUGUGUUAUGUGACCGUGGCGACACGGAACAUCAAUGUUUGCAGGUAAUCUAGUUAGUAACUUGAGUAUAUAGGUAACAAUUUCUGGUUUUGUUCCAUAACGACUCUAACGACUCUCUAAUCAUCGUUAUCAUCACCGUUUCUAAUAAAUAUACGCAUUAUUGGGAGAUACUUGGGAG